UCCUCUGAUUUAAGCUAAACCCUAAUUAUCCAUCAAAAACAACAUUUAAAACACCCUUGUGGACACUUGUCAAAUUCUCAUCCAAUUCUUUUGAGAGAUAAAAGGAGAACCUUCUCAGAAGCUGUAAUCUCCAUUUUAAGCUAUAUAUAAAGGUCACUGACCUCUAUGUAUGUCUAUAUAAACUAAGGGCGUCUCAUACUCUCAUAUAUAUUUGCAUCUAAUCUUGUAAGCAAACGUUAUCACUUGUCUACACAACAUUCUUUCAUUUACAAUAAUAAUAUGGGUGUAACAUUAGAAGGACAAAGAAAGGAAUCAAUUUGGGUUUUGAUGAGAAGACAAAGGGCUCGAAGGGCACUUGUGAAGAAGAUCAUGAUCCGACCAAGGAAGAGUGUAGAAGCUUCUAGAAGACCUUGUCGCGCAAUACACAGACGAGUGAAGACGCUAAAAGAGCUUGUUCCCAACACCAAAACAUCAGAAGGUUUAGAUGGACUCUUUAGACAAACGGCAGAUUAUAUCUUGGCUUUGGAAAUGAAAGUGAAAGUUAUGCAGACAAUGGUUCAGGUUUUGACCGAAACUAACUGUGUUUAAAAGCCUUCAUAUAUUUUUUGUAUAUCUUGUUGGAUUUUACGUUCUUUUUAGUUUUUAUUUGUUCGUGUUUAUUUUUUAUUAUCUCGUGUGAUUGUCUUGUGUUGCUUAUAUAGAAAAGGAAUUUGGUUUAUCUUGCUGCUGUAGACUAUGCAGAAAAUUAAAUAUCAAAAAUAUAUAUGUAUUAUAUGCUUAUCUAAAUAACAGAUGACUGUUGGUUCGGCAAAAAAAACAUGAUAAUUGUUCCAUGGGAAUAGUUUUUGUGUGCUACAUUAGCAAAGAACAAAGGGUCAUUUCUUAAAAAGGUUGUAAAG